GGGCGACACCUAAGGUGGGUACGUACCUGGGCCUAGGUUCCUGACAGCUGUUUUCAGGGUGGGUCCAGCUGUCGCUAUCUUAUCGCCCCGGCCAACGCGCGGACUCAAUUCAUCUGGAGCUUUUCUCUCCUUCAACUCGCAUUUCUACCCCCAUGACAUAUCUCGCCUAUCCGCCCGUCCAUCCGUCCAUCUACAAAUUCUAUCUAUAAACAGCUAUCCGGGAGACCAUUUAACGUCGAGUAAGCAAGCACGAACUUCACGCGAAAGGUUCUCGAGCCUGCGGCAGUACAAUCAGGACGCCUCGAGGUGAUAUCGGCUCAGCCUUCUCACCGCGAAUCCAUAGCCCAGCCCUGCAUACACCUACAACAACCCGAAGAAGAAAGAAGCCAACAUGGACUACCAGAACCGCGCGGGCUCCAAGUUCGGCGGCGGUGGCGUCGCCUCGCAUAGCGCGACGAAUGCGGACCGACGGGAGCGGCUACGGAAGUUGGCGCUCGAGACCAUCGACCUCGAAAAGGACCCGUACUUCUUCAAGAACCACGUGGGGUCGUUCGAGUGCCGGCUGUGCCUGACGGUGCACCAGAACGACGGGUCGUACCUGGCGCACACGCAGGGGAAGAAGCACCAGACGAACCUGGCGCGGCGGGCGGCGCGGGAGCAGAAGGAGGGCAAGGGGGGCGCGAUCGACCCGAACACGGGCCUGCCGGCGGGGGUGGCGGGCGCGGGGUUCGGGGCGGGGGCGCUGAUCCGGCGCAACACGGUGAAGAUCGGGCGGCCGGGGUACAAGAUCACGAAGGUGCGGGACCAGGUGACGCGGCAGCAGGGGCUGCUGUUCCAGCUGCAGUACCCGGAGAUCGGGGCGGGGACGACGCCCAAGGUGCGGUUCAUGAGCGCGUUCGAGCAGCGCGUCGAGGAGCCGCCGGACAAGGCGUUCCAGUACAUGCUCGUCGCCGCGGAGCCCUACGAGACGUGCGGCUUCAAGCUCCAGGCCCGCGAGAUCGACCGCGCCGCCGACCGCUACUGGACCUGGUGGGACGCCGACCUCAAGGAGUUCUGGGUCCAGGUCAUGUUCCUCACCGAGCGCGAGGAGCGCUACGUCGGCGUCCCGGGCCUGCCCGGCAGGCGGUGAAGGGGGGCGGCGGCGAGCGGCUUCGUCUAGCUAGUUAUGCUAGCCAGGCUAUGCACAGAGGGGAGGACCAGCGCAAGUCAGGAUACCGGGGG